AUGAUGCCUUUACCGAGUAGCAGGAGGUCUAUUGUUACAUAUCUCUUGUUGGUGCUGUUGGAUUGUUACUGGGAAGCGGUGUCUGGGCAGCUCUCUUACUCCGUCUCAGAGGAGGUAAAUCUGGGGACUAAUGUCGGAAAUAUCGCCAAGGAUCUAAACCUCAAUGUGCAGGAUUUGGAGUCCCGUUUGUUUCAGGUUGUUACCGGAUCAAAGAGGAAAUACUUCGAGGUAAACGUAAAGACCGGAUUUCUUUAUGUCAAUGAGAGGAUAGACAGAGAGGAGCUCUGUGCAGAGGAACCCAAAUGCACUGUUAGCGUAGAGGCUGUGAUAAACAACCCAUUAAAGCUUUACCGUGUAGAGAUAGAAAUUAGAGAUGUGAAUGACCAUUCUCCGUCUUUUAACACAAAAUCACAAAUACUAGACAUAGCAGAGAACACUUUGCCUGGAUUUAGAUUUGCGUUAUCGGAAGCAAGCGAUGCUGAUGUGGGUAAAAAUGGUGUUAGCGCGUAUAAGCUCAGUCCAAACGAAUACUUCACUCUUGCGACACACAAAAGAGAGGAGAGUAUAUCUCCAGAGUUGGUGCUGCAGAAAGCCCUAGACCGUGAGAAAAAGCCACAUAUGCAGCUCGUGUUAACUGCGUUAGACGGGGGAAGUCCACCAAAUUCAGGCACAUCGGAAAUUGAAAUAAAUGUAUUAGAUACAAACGAUAACGCACCAGUCUUUAGCAGCACUCUUUACAAAGUUCAAACGUUUGAAAAUAUCCCGAUUGGUACGGCAGUCUUCACUUUAAAUGCCACAGACGCUGAUGAAGGCACCAACAGUGAAAUAGUAUAUUCUCUGCGUAGCAAGGAUCAGGACCAUAUUCUGGAUGUUUUCAAAAUCGACCCUGACACAGGAAUAAUUUCCGUGAAAGGAAAAAUCGACUAUGAGGAAAGAAAAGCUUUUGAGAUUCGAGCAGAGGCUAGGGACAGAGGCCAACCUCCUAUGUCUGCUCACAGUAAAGUGCUGGUAGAAGUAAUUGAUGUUAACGACAAUGCUCCUGAAAUCACUGUGACGUCACUGCUCAACACAGUGAACGAGGACGCUGGUGUCGGUACCGCUAUCGCACUAGUAUCAGUUCUAGAUAGAGACGGUGGUAAAAACGGUGAAGUGAAAUGUGAGAUCUUAAAUACUGUUCCGUUCAAAUUGGAGACAAAUUAUAAGAACUAUUACUCUUUAGUGGUUGACGGUAAGCUAGACAGAGAGGUAACUCCUCAGUACGAUGUAACAAUUUCAGCUACCGAUGAGGGAAGUCCUCCUCUUUCUAAUACCAGCGUUAUUAUUGUUUACGUGUCUGAUGUUAAUGACAAUGCGCCGUAUUUCCCAGAGCCUUUAAUAAACGUUUAUGUGAAAGAAAACAGCAAAGUAGGAACAGUUAUUAAAACAGUGACAGCCAUUGAUGCUGACGUCAGCAACAACGGUCAGGUGAGCUACUCACUUUUAGACAGUAAUAGUAAAUCUCUGCCCCUCCCCACAAUGAUAAACAUUAACUCAGAGACUGGAGAGAUAAUAGUCCAGUCCUGCACCUCUUUUAACUUGAGCGGUUGAAAACGUUUCCAGUUUAAAGUUCCAGGCCCACCAGACUCUGGUGUUCCUCCGUCAGCAAGCAACGUGACUGUGAACGUUUUUAUUCCUGGAUGCAAAUGA